CUGCAGUGAUAAGCAUGGCCAAGCUACUAUUUUGGUUGACACAAGUCCCCCUGUUUACUCUGGGAGCAUGGGAGCGGACACCAGGAGUGUGAUAUGUGUACUGAGAAUUGCCAUUUUCGAAAUUUGCUACAGCAAAGUCUGUUUUCGAGCAGGGGAGACGGUGAAGUUCUCACCAGUUUAGUCACUCGGCGAAAACCAUAUGAAAAUGCAGCUCUCCAGAAGCUUCCUGUUCCAGGUGUGUUUAAGUCUGGUGGCUACCAUUGGUUCCUGCCACUGUAAGCCUAUCAACAAUGACAUCAGAAGCGAGGACAUGGAGGAACUCAUGGAGGACCUUCUGGAAGAGGAAGAGACAGAUUCGAGGAUGGAGAACCUCCUGGGAACCAUGAAGGAGGGUUUUCUGAGGCAGCUCAACUUGUCAGAUGUUCCUCAGGAGCACAGCAAGAUCAUCCCCCCUCAGUUCAUGAUGGAACUGUACAAUAAGUAUGCCUCGGACACCUCGGCAGCCCCUCAGUCUGAUGUCAUACGAAGCUUCACAGUGCAAGAUGUUACUCUAACCAUGACGAAUGGGACAAAGUCAAAGUACAGGCUGCACUUCAACAUCAGCAUCCCCAGCCAUGAAAAGAUCACAACUGCUGAACUGCAGCUUUUCUUCUUCCCAAACUCCAGGCCAAGAGUCACCUCCCACAGUUUCAAGACCAUCGUUAAAGUCUAUAAAGUCGAUACGAACAAUUUCACAUCCUCGGCCCAACUGCUGGUGGGCAAAGAGGUGGCAGGCUCUCAGAGCACAUGGACAACGUUUGAUGUGACCACGGCUAUUCAGAGCUGGAUCAAGUCAGGCCCUGCACCAACUGUUUUUGACGUAGCGGUGGAUAUGAAAGAUUGCGGGGAUUCUGGAAGCGUAGUGGCAGGGGCCAGCUGUUUAAACAUGAGCGUGUCCGUCUGUGAUAAUACUUCUGCGGCUUUGAUUGUCUUCUCAAAUGACCUCAGUAAUAGGAGGCGGGAGAUGAAGAAGGAACUAAGAGAGAUGAUCCUUCAUGAAGAAGAAACCAUCCUGCAUUCAGGGGCUGACUGGAACAGAGGAUAUCAGCUGCCAAACGAGAUCCCCGAUUCUCAGCACCCACAGAGAACAAAAAGACGAGCACCGAGGGAAUACUGCCGGCGGACUUCGCUCAAGGUCAACUUUAAAGACAUUGGCUGGGACAGCUGGAUCGUGGCGCCUCGGGAAUAUGAUGCCUUUGAAUGUCGCGGCCAGUGUUACCAUCCACUGACAGACGAGUCAUCUCCAUCAAAACACGCCCUUAUCCAGACGCUGAUGAACAUCAGGGACCCCAAGAAGGCCAACAUGGCAUGCUGCGUCCCAAUCAAACUUGACCCCAUCACAGUCAUGUAUCAGGAGAAUGGGCGCAUCACUAUAAGAUAUCUGUAUGAAGAGAUGAAGGUAGCAGAAUGUGGCUGCAGGUAGUUUGCCCUUACCCUAGCAAAGGUAAUGAUUAUCCUAAAUUUGAAUUUUAUUCCAUUUACUUCAAUGUUCAAGGAUAACAGGUCAUAUGGCAACUUUAAUGCUCUGUAUUGGUCCAAAAGGUUGUAAAAUAUUCCAGAGUUUUUUAAAAAGCAGUCUUUUCUAUUAAUUCUACUGAUUUUUUUUAUUGAUCUGAUGUAUGCAUAUGAUUUAUAUGCAGAAAGAAUUAUGCCAAACUAUGGUUUCAAGUGGGAGUUGAACGCCACCCUCCCUCGUGGAAGUUCAUAAUAAACGCGCACCACCUGUAUUUAGCUUUAAGUUCUCCAUAUUAUUUUAUUCUUACUGUGAAAAAAGCUGUGAAAAACUGUGUCUAGAACUUUCUACAGUGUGAAAAUAGAUCUCAUACAAGGUGCAGGAGUCUGUUGAUGAUACUCAAAACAUGUCCCAUCCCUAGGUUCAAUUUUAAGUUAAGCUAAGAAGAAGCUAAACUUUAAGACAAUAAGUUUUCUAUCAAAUUCAAAUAAAGAAGUUCUAUAAACUAUACAUAUAUGUUGUCGGAAGUAAGGUCCUAUGCAUAAUAGAUAAAAAAAAGUGGCAAUCAUUUAAAUUAAUACCCCAAUGCUAACAGCAUCACAGACUUGCUGCUUUCUAGAGUUCAUUGUAAGAUGUGCGUGACAGUUUGUCAGACCAACAGAAUAGUGGAAGAACAAAGGAAGGAGACACAUUUUGCAUUUAUUGUAUUUAAUUCUCAUUAUUUGUACAUUAAAGGUUUUCUCUGUAUGUGUGGAGUACAUAAUAAAAAGCAUGUAAAAAGCAAAGUUAAACAGGUUUACUAUUACAGUUAAAAAUGGAA